CUGGUGGUAAUAAUCCUCGCCGUAAUCCAAUCAGCAAUGCCUUCUAGUAGGAGGUUUGUUACCUCGAGCCACACUUACAGUGCCUGCGUAGGAGCGUCCUCACGCGAUCACUCCAGCUUCUGACGGCGAGAUAUCGUACCUGGAUCCGUGGGUAUGGUCGCUGGUGACAGUCCUACAUCCGAGUCGACGUCCACCUUUGGCAGCAGUCGCCGCCGUGUCGCCUUUGGUGGCCAUGGAGCCUGUCGGGAGCCUGAAGAACGUACACGCGUUAAAACCGAGCGAAGUCUUCGCACACCUAUCGCUGUCGACUCCAGCGCCACUGCAUCAUACCUCCUUUCGCGUUCGCCCAGGAAUCCUCGACGAUGGCCGAUGAAUAUGAAGCACCAUUAUCAAAACGUCAAAAACCUACACGGGAAGCUGUCGGAUGUGCCGCGUCAUUGGCUUUGGGUUCGUUUCCUUAACAAUUCCUUCUUCGCACGUCGUCUGAUGAGGUCAGGUAUACAGUUGUCGAUAGCACUCGCCUCGGGUGUUCUCUUUAAUAGCAUCUUCGUCCAGCCCAAACUCGAUACAUACGAGAAGGAGAACCCUGAUCUAUACGACGAGUGCCACACACUCGUGACGUUCUCUGCUGUCAUUUACCAGACGCUCCCCGCGGCUAUCGUCUUAUCCUUACCCGGUUCAGGUAUACGCUUCUUCGAACCGUUCAAUCGAACAAAUCCAUCACCUGGUCAAGAUAUCGAGGAAGGGGAUGCCACAAGUAUAACCAAAGUCAGACGCCGGUUUGUGUUUCAGCUGUGUGAGGUGCUGGCGGUUUGCAUGCUUAUCUUCGACUUCUUACUGGUUGGGUAUUUCCUUCGAGUGCUCUUUACCGGAGCCAUCGAUUCGUGUGGCGAUGUGGCGUCCCAAUCCUUCGCAUUCGGAGCUGCGGUCUGCUAUGCCGGACUUUUUGUGGUAAUCUACUACUUCGCUCGAUAUCGAGAGCAUAUUAAGAUGCAAUUGGGCGCUUUCCAAGAAGCUGAUCAGACUGGAGACGUCCGCAAAUACGUGGACUUACGCAUCGAUCAAAAGUUAAACACAACUCGUAAACUACUUAGUGUUGUUAGAAUCCGACUCUACUACGCUACACGGAGAGGAGAUCUGGAUGAAAUGCGCGAGAUCCUCGAGUUCGCGACGGCCAAAGGACUCGCAGAAGUCGGAUUCCCAGGCAAAGUCUACGCGGCGCCAAAGAUUCGGUGGAAGUUCUUCGCAAGGUCUCGUGAAAACCCCGUGCAUGUGGCUGCACUACUGGGAAACACUCGCGCGUUGGAGCUACUGGAAGAGUACGGUUUUGAUAUGGAGGAACUGGACAAAGUACGACGUGUUGUAGUAUCCACUGGAGGCUUCUUCUGGCACUUUGUGCAGCUUAUCGUGAAGCGCCCGCAAGGAAGCAACGAAGACACGGCGGUGUCUGUGUUCCAUACAUCACUGGUCACGCCACUGCAUUGCGCUGUAUCAACAGGUCAGAUUGAGACUGUGAGGUGGCUACUGAGUCGAGGUGUCUCUCCUGGAACGUUGGCUCAAGCUUCGUUCAGGUCUAACCGUGUACCCCCUCUUUUCCUGGCUGAACAUGCCGACAUAACAAGAGAAUUAUUGCUACAUGGAGCUGACCCGUUGGUGAUCCCUGAUCCAGGAUUCAUGAACACUAUAACCCCGUUGCAACUCGCGUAUGUGCGAGGAAACUAUGCUGUAGCGCAGGAGCUGGAGGAAUGGGGUAGUGAUGUGGCUCUCACGCCCUUCCACUUGGCAGCAGCUCAUAAUGAUGUGGCAGCUGUACGCAAAUUCAUCGCACGAAAGACGGAUGUGGACUGUCUGGGAGAAAUGGGCUACGUGGGGGUCAAUCGACGGACACCGCUGCACUGGGCUGCUAUCAGUGGAGCCACAGAGGCGGUCGAUGUUUUGUUGGAAGGAGGAGCCGAUCCGAAUUUCCAGGAUGUUCGCGGUCGGUCGCCGUUGCACUGGGCAGCGAAGCUCAACAAGCUGGAGGUGGUUCGCUCUCUGCUUCGGGCCAAUGCAGACCCGAAUCUGGCCGACGGAGAGUUCAUGACGCCACUGAUGUGUGCUGCCUCAGCGUUGGAUGCGUCGAGAGAACUUGUUAGUGAACUUACGACUGCAGGCGGCGACAUCGGCUACCAGCUACCGACGACGGGCGACACAGCACUACACGUUGCUGUCCGGGAGGAGAACAAGACGUCCGCGUUGGCUGUGUUGGCUUCAGGUGGAGACCUCAUGCGGAUGAAUAACGAAGGUCUGCGCCCACUUGACUGCACUGCGUCCACAAGGUUAUUGUUCGAGUUGAAGCGAGCUGCUGGCCAGCGAGACGUCAUGAUCAGCUACACACACUCGCACUUGGAAUUCGCUCGGAAACUACGUCAGUCUCUCGAAGAAGCGAACGUCACCACUUGGUUAGAUCUGAUGGACCCGAGCGGGAUUGGUGGGGGAGCUGUGUGGCGUGAAGAGAUUGCUCGUGGCAUCACCAACGCGUCGGUAGUGUUGUGUAUCAACACAGAAGACUACGCGUCGUCGGAAUGGUGUCUGAAGGAAUUGGCACUGGCCAAGCAGGUCGGUACGCCCAUCUUGGCUGUCUCGACUGAAGGCGCCAUCGUCGAUGAAAACCUACAAGUGUAUCUCUAUACGCGUCAGAUCGUUCCAUUCGAACCUUCUAUCGUUGGUCUACGUCGCGAUGGAGGUAGGAUCGAGUACGACUACGACGAAAGCAGGUAUCGAUCUCAGUUCCAUCUUCUACUGGACGGCGUACGCGAUGAAGUCGAGAAGCACCGCUACGUUACGAAGCAGAAUAAUCUGUCUCGUAGCCGCCGUCUGGCUCAGGAAUCCGAUGGGGAGCGCAGUAAUCGAGGCACGAUGCUGCAGACGUUGAGUGAUAUGCAGCUCUCCACCGCUUCAUGGGAUCCCAAUCGUACUAACACCACGAAUCCGGACGACAUGAACGAGGGUCAGUUCGUCUUCCUCUCGCAUGGAGACAAGCACGAGGCGUUCGUACAGCAGUUCAUAGCGCAGCUCCUGGAAGCCGGUAUUCCUUGCUACAGUGACCAAAGCGUUAGCGGACGUGACUUCUACUCGCGCAUUCAGGUCGCCCAGCAAGCGAUUUUGCGCUGUUCGUGCUUCGUCGUACUGAUAUCGAGGCAAACCAUGGGGAACGAGCUGGUCCGUGACCAAUUAGCGUUCGCUGAGGAUAAAGGGCGACCAAUCUUCCCCGUAGUCUUAAACGAUAUGGACCCGGGACUGGACAAGCGCUACACUUUAGUACGCAGUGAGCUGUUCCACUUCAUGACGAACGGUAUGGGCUUUAAACCCAGUUUCGACACUUUGGUACGAGCGUUGCGACUGCACUGCACCUUUACCGAUGGGCUUCUUGGCUCGACCCCGGAAAGUGAAGCCGGUCAAACCCGCAACUUAGACUCCAUCGAAGGGCUAGAAGACAACCAACUACAUCUAUCAGAUACACGUGUUCGUAUGUAAUUAUGCUAGCAAACGAGUGGCGAAACCAUUCCACCAGGAAUAGCGGAAACCUUCAUGUAGUUUUUCGACCCAUUCUGCUCGAUAUAGCGUUGAUAUUCCUGGUUUCCCA